AUGCCAAUAAGUGAAGACGAAUUUGACAGUUCAAACAUGCAGGAACCCCAAGUUAAUAACAUGUCCAAAGCCGAGCUGCGCAAAACCCAUAAACCAAUCAUGGAGAAGCGUAGAAGAGCCAGAAUAAACAACUGUCUCAAUGAAAUCAAGAAUCUGAUUCUUGAGGCUAUGAAUAAAGAUCCCGCCCGUCAUACAAAAUUAGAAAAAGCUGAUAUUCUGGAAAUGGCAGUGAAACAUUUACAAAACGUUCAGAGACAACAACUGGCAAUUGCGAUGGCCACUGAUCCUUCCGUUAUACGAAAAUUUAAGAGCGGAUUUAGUGAUUGUGCUACAGAAAUUGAUCGGUUCAUUGGUAAAUCCGAGAACAGCGAUCGAGGCAUUAGAGACCGAGUAACUAACCAUCUACAAAAAUGCAUGACCAAUCUAGAUCAAGUCGCUCAAUUUCCCACUCCGGCAGUUACCAGCAUACCUCUUAUACCUACCAGCGCCAUAUUCCCUGGAAAUCCAGGAAUUGAAGGUCAAGCUAAUGAAGACGAUCAGAAUAAUAAUCCUAGAAUACAAAUACCACAGGGAAUCCAACUUAUACCAAGCAGAUUACCGACCGGCGAGCUUGCCCUACUCGUGCCAAACUCAUCAAACUUACCGUAUUUCCCAACUCACUCUCAGCAACAACGUCCGAGCGCAUUUGCCUCAGUGACCCCACAAAGCCCUCCGUUAAGUCCGGUAGAAGUUUCCAAAAGUCCACCAAAAGGUUUUAGGCCUCCUCAACCUAUUAUUACGCGUCCAAAGCCUAGUUACCCCGGAGAAGAUCACCAGGUACCUCAAAUAACUUCUACAGUGGGAAAUAGUGCGGAAAAGCAUCAGUUUGCUGCUCCUUUAGAAGUAAAAUCUAUGAAGUUUCCAAUUCAUAAGCCGUUAGAAAAGGAGCGACACACGAGUGUUAUAAGGAAAAUUUCUGAACCACUUUGCGUGAUAACUAAUCAGGGAGAGAGAUAUAGACUAGCACAGCAAAAGGAUGACUCAGCAUUUCUCGAAGAAAAUCAAAUAGCCUCUCGUGGGGUUAAGAGAGUUUACUCAGAAAUGAUUCAGCAGCAAAGCAAUGCAGGUAUUUUAACUAUUGCACCUCAGGAAGCAUUUAUACGACCACCCAAAAUAAUUAAAACAUCUCAUCAUACAGUGCCUUCAUCAAGUUUUGGUCGACCUGAUGUUAAUCAACCAUCGCGUUUAAUAUAUGAUACAGAAAAAGAAGCUGAAUUUAGUUUAAUAUCUGCAAAUAAUAAUAUUCAACCGACUGCUUCCUCUUCUGGAGAAGCGAAAAACCAGUUAGAAUGUCAAAAAGAGAUGCCUGAGGACAAUAAAAAUCAAAAAGAUGAACAAAACGAUAUGUGGAGACCUUGGUAAAUCAUUUUCCAAUAUGUAUUGAUUGUUGCCUGAUUAGACUGUGUGUUUAAUUAAAAGGAAAACCGACCUUUCAAAUGGAUUGUUACCUAAAUCUAGGCAAAAUUUUAUAGACAUAUUUUUUUAUCUCAAAUUUAUGAAACUAAAAACUUUUGCUCAAAC